GCUCAAGCCACUUUGGCUCAGGCGCAUUCGGCUCAGUCUGGGCCAUUGGGCUCAGGCCAGCAGGGCCUAAACCACGAUGGGCCGAUCCCUGUUUGGCAGGCGACAUCCAAGGCCAGCGAUGGACCGCACCUCGCGAUGGGCGCCCCUCAUGCCCAGGUCGUCGCUGGGGGAUCGGCUCAGGGCGAAGGCCAAAUCGGACGUCCGCGGGGAGUGCAAGUACCGUCUCGAUGGCGAGGCUCCCACCACGACCGCCGCCAACGAGACGAGCCGAAGACUCAGCGAAUUCUAUGGCUUAGUAUGCCGACCCAGUAGGCGCUCUCUGCGCGACGAGGACAUCCCCGGUGUGCCCGAUCUUCCAGGGAGCCCCCGCGUGUCAGCGGGGCGCGACCAGGUCACGCGCCAGCCUUCGCCCGGGGCGAGAAGCGAGAAAUGGACGAUGGAAGAUUACGAGAUCGUGAAGACCCUUGGUGAGGGCUCCAUGGGUUCCGUUCACAUGGUCAAGUUUUCCAAUGGCAGAGGUACCGUCCCGUACGCCGCGCUCAAGAUCAUCGACAAAGGGCGUGUCAUCGGGGAGCACAUGGUUGAACGCGUGAUGCAAGAGAGGUUGCUCGUUUCGAGAGACAGUCAUCCGUUCGUCGUCAGGCUGUUUGGCACGUUCCAGGACGACGCGCCCCAGCGGAGGAGACUUGUUCUCAGCCAUGCGAAGCUUGAAGUUUAACGACGUGUGUGCGAAUUUCUUCGUUGCUGAGAUCACGCUUGCAAUCGGACAUCUGCACAGUUUGGACAUCGCAUAUCGUGAUCUGAAGCCCGAGAACGUUGCUAUCGACUCGCUGGGCCACGCCAAGAUCAUCGACUUCGAAUUGGGUAAGGUAAUGACAAUAACGUAUACAGUGUGCGGAACAUCGGAGUACAUGGCACCCGAAGUCUUGACCCGAAACGGCCAAGGCAGAUGAGUGGACUGGUGGGCGCUUGGCAUCCUCAUCUUCGAAAUGCUCUCGUUCCAGCCCCCCCUCACGGGACGCACCGCUAGAGAGGUUCACAAGUCCGUGGUGUUUCACGGUCCGAGGUGCCCCC